AUGGAAGUCCUCAGUCAGUGGGCCAACAUGGUUCCUCAAAUGCCGCCCGAAAUGAUCAGACCCAAAGCAAGACAGUCGAAAAUGGCAGUGGGCCCCAAGAACCGGAAAUGUCACCAGAAAAGUCCUCUUUCUGGGAUGUGCGAACGCUGCAUGGCUCCCACUUCCCACCUGACACCGCAUCUGAGUCGAUAUAUCGUCAAUGGCCUGAUGGCACAAGGCGAACGACUCGAUUUGCCUCGAGUUCCCUUGCAGAGCACCCGUUUGGCCGAUGCCGCAAAUCAGAGGCCGGAAGAAAACACGCCGGUCUUGUUACAUGUCGAUCAUCCUCCUCCCUCUCUCAUGCCGAAGUGUAGCACUCGAUGCAAUUCCCGGUCAGAAGUUAGCAAAUUGUUAUCUCACAAACAGCGCGAGCACUUGAAGGUCCUCUUUUCCGGAUUUGUUCAGCAAGCCUUCCCAGUACUGCCCGAAAGCGUGCAGCAUAAGAUCCUUGAAGGCGAUGGUCAGCAAGAUAAUGCAUCGUUGGCAUUGGCUGCCUCCUUAUAUGCAACAGCUCUCCCCUUCGCGAUGCACGAUGACCAUCUCAGCGCCACCCUCACCGAUGUUUCGGAUAAGCGAGAACAGCUUUACUCAAUUGCGGUCACAGCUAUUCUGGAAGAAGCUCAUCGUUCCACCAUAGAACUUUUGCAAGCAUGUCUCCUCCUGCUGCAGAAGGGUCCUCCUGCGCAGCAUUGCGGAUUGACCCCAGCAUACGCCUGGUUGACAUCUAUGGCGGUAACAAUGGCGAGAUGUCUUGGUCUGCAUUACGACUGUAGUAAUUGGAACAUACCCCUGGCCCACAAGCAACUCCGUACGCGCCUAUGGUGGGCAACUUUUGUCAUGGAUAUCUGGGUAAGUCUGGACUCGCCAGGCGGACGAUCGAUCGGUCCUGAUGAAGAUACUGCAGGUGAGAUUGAUAUCAUCAGCAACGAUUCGAGGCACUUUUAUCACCUCCUCGAUAUCACCGCCUUCUGUCACGAAUACAUGAAGCGUAUUGCACUACCUAUUCAGACUCAAGGCACCACAAGCCCCAUUUUGCCGGACGCUCAAAAGUCGGCUGCAAGAGCCAUAAUGACGGGCUCGAUCAAUUCUGUCCGGGAAGCUGUGCAAUCACUGGAAAACAUGGUGACUGUGGUUGGACCAUGGAACGCAUUCUGGCAUUCGUGGUCUCAAGGCAAUUUCGCCAUUGUUAGCAUGUUUCUUGUCCAGCUUCGUUAUGUGAGCGCAGCUCAGGAUUUCCAACCUGGAAUGAACACCGAAGUCUCUGGUCUGAUUUCUCGUUGGAAACAUGCCACACGCAUCGGAGCCGGCAAUGGAGGCUGGGGCCACUCGUUGAUGAGUCUGGCUUUGAGCAGACUAGAACCGCUCCUGAACCGGUCUCCGCCAUGA